UCUAAAAAAAUUAGUGGUUCUCAAUUUGGAGUCUCGUAACUCCCUCUACUCCAAUGGUAGAGCGAAUGCCAAACAAUCAAAAAAAUGUUUCAAACCCAAAAAUUUCAACAAAAAAAAAGGAAAAGAAAAGGAAAAUUCUUUUAAUGACAUAAUACAGUACUUUGCCAUUUAACAAAGAUUCCUUGAACCUUUGUUCUACGUGCGCAUCUCCACAUCAUCUCUUUGUCUUCUUAGGGUUGGGUUCUUUGCCUUUGUCAUGUCUCCGCAAUCUUAUGCAAAGCAACGGGAGAUUGUGAUUCAGUGGUUGAACACUAUUCUUCCUGAUCUCAGGUUGCCAACAGAAGCCUCAGAUGAAGAGUUGCGAGCUUGCUUGAUUGAUGGCACUGUCCUAUGUAGAAUCUUGAACAGGCUUAGUCCUAGUUCUCCAAAUGAGGAAAGUUCUGAAAAUUCUUCAGUAUCGCAGCCAGAAAAUGUUAAAAGAUUUUUAGCCACUAUGGAUGAGUUAGGGAUACCCAGAUUUGAGGGAUCUAUGAAGACUGUUGUCUACUGCCUUUUAUCACUAAAGUUACAUUUCAUAUCAUCUGGAGAGGAGUUAUCUACCUUAAGUACUAUUACUAAAGCUGAAAGCACUGAUGAUGAUGGAUCGUCCCCUGGCUCUCCUCAAUAAUUUUUUGGUGAAGAAAUGAGGAACGCUUUCCCAGGAUUAAAAUUGCAGU